ACUCACGGACCGCGAGAUCAUGACCUGAGCCGAAGUCGGACACUGAACCGACUGAGCCAUCCAGGCGCCCCAUAUUGAUAUCAAUAAAAUGUUGGAAACAACCUGAAUACCCUGGGAAGAAGAGAGGUUGAAUAAAGUGUGGUACAUCCACACAAUGGAGUGCUAUACCGCUGUAAAAAACAAUGAGGAUCUGUGGAAGCGAUAUGGAGUGAUUUCCAGGAUACACUGUUAGGUGAAAACUACAAAGGACAAAGAGAUCUAUGGCACCAAAGAUGUUACAAAGAAAUGUAAUCUCAGAAAACAAAUUUCUAGCUACAUGGAUAGAGCAGAAAUAGCGAAGAAAUACACGGAUCAAGAAAAAGAAGAUGGAAAAUAUCAUCGGCAGAUUAAAAUAGAAGAGAAUGCAACAGGUUUCAGUUACGAGUCACUUUUUCAAGAAUAUCUUAAUGAAACAGUUACAGAAGUUUGGAUACAAGAUCCUUAUAUUAGACAGAUUCAUCAGCUGUAUAACUUUCUUCGAUUUUGUGAGAUGCUUAUUAAGAGACCAUGUAAAGUAAAAACCAUUCAUCUUCUCACCUCUCUGGAUGAAGGUAGUGGGAAAGAGCAGCAAAGUAGUGGCCUGCAAGAAAUAAAAGAGUCACUCAAGAAUCAUGGAGUGCUGUUGGAAUUAGAAUAUUCUUCUUCAGUACAUGACCGAGAAAUUAGGUUUAACAAUGGAUGGAUGAUUAAGAUUGGAAGGGGACUUGAUUAUUUUAAGAAACCACAGAGUCGUUUUUCCCUUGGAUAUUGUGAUUUUGAUUUAAGACCAUGUCAUGAAACAACGGUGGACAUUUUUCAUAACAAGCACACAAAAAAAAUAUGAUGGGCAGUAACUUAAUUUGCAUUAUAUAUUUAUAUUUUAAGUGAAUAUUGAUUUUGGGUUUUUUGUUUUUUUUUUUACUUUGGACAGAUCAUUUCUAUAAUUAUGUAUUCAAUAAUAAAUUUUUACAUUUCUACUAA